CAAAACAAAAUAUUUAUCACGUUUUUGAACGCUAAUUAAGUGUUGCAAUAAUCAAACAAUAUGGCGGCUACCGGAAGUUCAAUUUUACUUACGUUCUUUUCAGAGUUUGACACACGUGCCGCGUGGAGUUUUACCUCGCAGCACGAUGGUUGCCGUUACACAGAAGAAGCCUGCUGACAAGCCGGCACCAAAGGGCAAGGAGGGCAGUAAGAAGUUGCCGGCGGUGCCAGAGUCUGUGCUCAAGCACCGCAAGAGGAGGGAAGCUCUCAGGGCUCGCCGUGUCCAGGUCACACUCAAGAGGCGUUCAGCUGCCAUCAAGAAGAAGAAGGAGAUCUUCAAGAGAGCAGAACAGUAUGUUAAGGAGUACCGCAUCAGGGAACGUGAUGAAAUUAGGCUAGCAAGACAGGCACGCAACCGUGGCAACUACUAUGUUCCCGGUGAAGCCAAGCUUGCGUUUGUUAUCCGUAUUCGUGGUAUCAACCAGGUUUCACCAAAGGUCCGCAAAGUCCUCCAGCUGUUCAGGCUGAGACAGAUCAACAACGGUGUGUUCGUGCGCCUCAACAAAGCGACCGUCAACAUGCUGCGGAUCGCGGAGCCCUACAUCACCUGGGGGUACCCCAACCUCAAGAGCGUGCGGGAGUUGGUAUACAAACGCGGUUUCGCCAAGGUGAAGGGCCAGCGCAUGCCGAUCGCGUCCAACACAAUCGUCGAGGAGAAACUCGGCAAGAACGACAUCAUCUGCGUGGAGGACCUGAUCCAUGAGAUCUUCACAGUUGGAGAUAAGUUCAAGUACGCCAGCAACUUCCUGUGGCCAUUCAAACUGAACAACCCGACCGGGGGCUGGCGCAAAAAGACCAUCCAUUACGUCGACGGCGGAGACUUCGGAAACCGCGAAGAUAAGAUCAACGAGCUGUUGAGGAGAAUGGUCUAAUAAUAUAGAUUUUAACAACUA